GCACAAUGAAACGAAGAUCAUUAGAAGCCGGCCUACAGGCUGCGUCCGCGCGCCGGCGACUCGCCAGUCGCAGCGACGACAUCCAUCCGACUACGACGCGUUUAGAAAAAAACGCACCGAUAAAUUCGUUGACAGUGCGGAUCAAUUCGCGACGCCGUGGUCCAGCCACGACUGCCCGUGCCUCCGUCCCGCUCCGCCUUUUAUACCCGCCAGAGGGAUGGCGUCCGUGCGCACGCGUUCCGCAUCCCCUAAGUCUGUCUCGUUCUCCCCCGUGCUCGAGCGGAAGUACAGCAUCGACCGAGCGCCGUCGAGUCCGCCCGAGCUGAAGAGCCAGGAUUGGAGGAAAUACUUUACCGACUUCAGCGCGUAUCUCGAUGCGCUCCUCGCCGACCUCCAGAACUCUAUCAACCCCGGCGCCCGCGUGGGCAGCCCGGGCCGCACCGGGUCCCCCGGCGGCCGCACCGCCUCGCCCGGCGCCCGCACAGCUUCCCCUGUUGGCCGGACGAGUUCUCCUGGAGGCCGAAGCUCGCCCGGGGGCAGCUUGAGCUCACCUACGUCUACGGGAUACGGCUCAAUCCUGAAUGGCUCGAGGAAUACUGAUUAUAAUAAAUCUAGUUCGCCAACAUACCAGAACACGGGCUCACUAGAAAAGGUCAUCCCAGUGAAAUACUCCAAUAGCACCUCAGGCUACGGUGGUCACACGCCGUACUCCACGGGACAGUCCGGCUACGGCAGGACGACAGGAGGUCGCGGGAAUCUCUCCGAGUUGGACACCCUACUCGACGACCUGAGCAACGCGAGAUAUGGCAGCUAUGGUGACAAGACUCCUAUUAGUGAAAGAGACGGCUAUGCGCGCACCAACGGCGCUGCGAGCCCGGCGUCCGCGCGGCCCACCGUCGACUCGCUGCUCGACCAGCUCAGCACAGACCUGCACAAUGGACGGUCAUCGACAUCGCCGGUACCACCAGCAGGCUCCCUGCCCCGCCCAGGCACCAAACAUGUCACCGUCACCGUUCAGGAGACCGUUGUGGAGCCCGCGGCGCCAGCGGUGCCUGCGGCGCCGGCACACAGCACCACGGUCACACGGCACCACGCCUCCAGCGCCACGAGAGAGCUGGACGAUCUCAUGGCGUCCCUCUCCGACUUCAAGGUGAGCGGCUCAGGAGGCGAAGGUGGGACACACGUAUACCGGGAGAAGCGCGCUUGGCAGGAGCACUACCGCAGCAGCCCGCGGCAACCCGAAUCCGCCUCCCUCGAGCAUAUGCUCGGAUCCCUCCGGGCAGACAUGAGCCGCCAAGGAGUCCAGACCCCCCAAAAGGGAUGCUGCAACGCGUGCGAGAAACCCAUCGUCGGACAGGUGAUCACGGCGUUGGGCCGCACGUGGCAUCCCGAGCACUUCACGUGCGCCCACUGCAAUCAGGAGCUGGGCACUAGGAACUUCUUCGAGCGCGACGGCCGGCCGUACUGCGAGCCCGACUACCACAAUCUGUUCUCGCCCAGAUGCGCCUACUGCAACGGCCCGAUCCUCGACAAAUGCGUGACCGCGCUGGAGAAGACCUGGCACACGGAGCACUUCUUCUGUGCUCAGUGCGGACAGCAGUUCGGCGAAGACGGUUUCCAUGAACGGGACGGUAAACCGUACUGCCGUGCCGAUUACUUCGACAUGUUCGCACCCAAGUGCGGAGGCUGCAAUAAGCCUAUCAUGGAAAACUACAUUUCCGCACUUAACACCCAGUGGCAUCCUGAUUGCUUCGUCUGCAAGGAAUGCCAAGUUCCAGUGAAAGGCAAGUCCUUCUAUGCGAUGGAAGGCAAGCCAGUCUGCCCCAAAUGCGUCGGUGUCGAUGAGGACGAGUAAAGAAUGACAUCACCAACCCCCCCCCAAUGAAUGCCCUCCCCCUUUUCUUCCACAGCUAUGCUCCAAAUGAAAAAGGAAUGAUUAUUAAACCAACACUACACAGAUGUUACUCUAACAGUCAAAAACCAUAUAAGUACUUAAUAGGGAUUAAUUUAUGUAAUAUAUUUUUGUAAUAUUAUUGUAAUUAUAAGAUUUAUACAAUAAAGAGAACAAGAAUAAAAAAAAAACAAUAACAAAAAAACAAAAAUAAAAACAAAACAAAACAAUGGGCGGUCGUGCGCGACUGACGUCUCGUCAGUCAAGGCCGCGACCGUGACCCCUUAUCAAUGCAUUGUCGCAUUCGAAAAUCGUGAAUGGGGUCAAGUGUUGCACGUAUAGGGUUUCCUGUAAGGGUAUUAAUAGUGGUGACGUCACAGCGUCUGCGCGGCGGCUGUUGCAGAUCAGCUUUGUUUAUGGGCCAAUGGAUUAGAGACUAGAGUAUUUCGGCGCGCGCUAUUUCUGCUGUCGCCGAGCGGUAAAUAAACACGGAUUGAGUGCAAAAUGUGCGCGUGCAGCGCGCUUUACGAUUGUGCGCGGUUUUUAUUGAGAUCAUGAGCGCGAUAUAUUUCGUUAAUAAAAUAGUGGAUAGAUUACAUCACAAAUCUUGGCGGUACAAUAUAAAAUAUAUUUUAUCUUAGACCGCAGAAAUCAUAAACGGUUUGCAUUGCACGUUGGUUGUGAGUGCUACGCCGUAGCGCGUAGCAUUGUUUCUUGCUGUGUAGUGAAAAUUAAUUGUCUUAGUGUUUAGUUAAGCUCUUUGCUGCUAUAUGAUGUCGUCUGAAAUCCGCAAUGAUAGGAUUAAUGAUUCAACAACAUGUGGAAUGCCGCGAGCCCUUCCACGGCGGCUCGUUCUUCGAGCACGAAGGGCAGCCCUACUGCGAGACGCACUACCACGGCAAGCGCGGCUCGCUCUGCGCCGGCUGCCACAAGCCCAUCGCCGGCCGCUGCAUCACCGCCAUGUUCCGCAAGUUCCACCCCGAACACUUCGUCUGUGCCUUCUGUCUGAGACAGCUCAAUAAGGGCACGUUUAAAGAGCAGAACGAUAAGCCGUACUGUCAUACGUGCUUUGAAAAGUUGUUUGGUUAGACGAGAGAUGGCGCUGUUGUCAAAUACGAGCGCUUUCGGUAAAGAGCUGUUGAUUUGAUUAAAUAUUGAAAUCACAAUAAUUAAAACUUAUGUUGCAGUGCGACGUCGCUUUCAUUGCUUUAUUUUUGAAUUUAUGAGGUAUACCAUCAUAAGUAAUCGAGAAAUAAAAUACAUAUAUCUCUAUUAUUGUUCAUCGGCUUUUACCGCAAGUUCCACUUUUAAGGAGCAGAACUAUAAGUCAUGUCAUACGUGCUUUGAGAAAUUCUUCGGUUAGAUGAGAGAUGGCGCUGUUAUCAAAUACGAACUAGGCUUUAAGUAAAGAACCGUAGAUUAAACAUUAAAAUCACAAUGAACUGUCACGUUGCAGUACGACGCCGCUACCAAAUGUAUUUUUUUGAAUCGAUAAAGUAUACUCUCACGAUUAAUCGAGUAACAACACUUUACUCUCUCGUUGCUCAUCGCUGUGUUAAGCUAAUUGCAUCCUGAACACUUUGUCUGUGGCUUUUGUCUAAGAGAAUGUUCAAGGGGUAGACUCGGUUAGAUAGAUGGCGCUGGCGAUGGCGCAGUAAGUAUAGAAAUUCUGAUUUUAAGAUACAUCUGGACGUCGCAACUACAUCUAUAAUCACAGUAAACUACUUGAGAUGUGAUGCAAAUGCCAUUAUCGCUUUUUUUAGCGCAUAGUGUAUGCGUUAAAAAAGCGUACGUUUUCGUAGCGCAACACGCGUAGCCGAUUCUAGCGUUUUCCCGCUUUGUAGAGGAAAGCGACGAACAAAGCGCCCUCCGAGCCCGGCAUUCAAAAUGUUUAAAUGUCAAAUUUAACGCCAGGAGUCUGCUUUCCUUUUUUUCGUUUAAUUAGCAGAACGAUAAGCCGCACUGUUAUACGUGCUUUGAGAAACUCUUCGGUUAGACAAGAGAUGGCGCUGUUGUCAAAUAUAAGCAGUAUAAGUAGUAAACGUUGGUAUUUGUUACCAGAUCUACAGUCAUUAAACAUUUGCCAUAAGGCGACAUUACGACAAGUUCGACCGAUAAAUCGACAAAUAAUGAGAAGAAUCGGGUAUAUGUAUCUUUCACUAGUUUAUCAUUCAUAAUUAUGCGAUAUGUGUUGCUUUUUGAAAUUUUGUUUACAUAGACGGAUUUAAUAACUAAUGAUAACACGAAUCGAUUAUACUAACUAUAGAGGACAUCACACUGUGAUUAUUGAUUAAGUAUAUUACUUAUAUGUAUAAUAGUAAUAGCUAAUGAUGUUCUUUGUGGACGUAUUACGAUGUCUAGUACAAAAAGUAGUGUGGGUUCGUACCGAAAUGUAGACUUGAAUUCUCUUAUUGAAAUUUUUGAUUGUGUAAAUUUCUUAUUAUAAGAGUAGAUGAUGAAAAAAAUGUUCAAAAAGUAGAAAUCGAUUAGUUAUGGUGCAUCUAAAUGUGAAUUAAUGUCAAUAUUUCAUAAAUUAAUGAUAAAUGUUACGAUACCAUUUAUAAAAUAAAAAAUAAUAAUGUAAUUGUUAUUCGUUUGUCACUUACAUAAAUGCAGGCUAUAUGUUGUUUAUUUACUUCCUUUAUUAAUUAUUAUACACUCAUUUAUGCAAAUGAUAAAUAAAAUACAACUGAUUUACGUAAGAAUAUGUGUGACGUUCCAUGGAUAAAGGUACCUUAUGGCGGUUGGCGCUUACGCUAUUAUUAAUAAUAGCAUAAGGUACCUUUGCGCGUGGAACGUCACAUGUAUAGUGUUGUAGAACUUUGUCUUUAUAACUUUUCACAUCAACAGCUAAGUAUCAAACAACUUAGGUAAACACAUAAUAACAUUUAUUUCACUAAAAUAAAUGUUUGGUAAUAUUAUUAAAAUGGCACAGUUCUAAAACGCAUCCAUGCCUAUAUACAAUGUAAUUUAGACGGCCUACUAAGAAAUGUUUGGUCUAACAGUCAACACUUACAACAGAAAUACUGCCAACUCGAUGUCAGUAAACCUUGACUAAGGAACAACUAAGUCUAUAAUGAAGUGUCAUAAAACUACGUACUAAAUGAUCGACGAAUUAGACGUAUUAAUUCCUCAAAAAUAUAUUUAGUAAGCAAUGUAUUAGCGGCCAGUACAUUUAUUUAUUUUUGACGCAUAAUUCAUUCAUUGCCAUAGAUAAAAAAUAAUACGUAGAUAGUGUGUAUACUUAGUAUACUUACUGACCAUUUGUAUAUACGCCGGUAUAUACCUGGCGAGCCGAGAUGACAAUCUUUUACCGACAAACGCCGAUCCAAGAGUAAAAAUGUCGGGACGACUGACGCGAACGAAAAGUCCCGUGAUCAUUUGCCCAUACAUUACAAGCUUUUAUUUAACUUGCCCUGUUAGUAUGUAUGUACAUAUGUUAGUGUGGCUCAAAUCUUGGAAGUUAAAUUUGACCCACAUCUCGAUUUCCGAUUGAGCUGAAACUUUGCAUACAUAUGUAAUUCGGAUGACAAUGCAAUAUUAUUUCAUUUUCAUUAUGAUGACAUGGAGCUGAUCAGAUGAUGAAGACAGGAGGUGGCCAUGGGAACUCUGUGAUAAAACAACGCAAACAUGUUUGGGGUUGUUAGGAUUGUCUCGAUUGUAUUAGUUGCCUGUGGAAAGAAAAGUUCAUUCUGGGAUAAAUGCUUGUUCCAAAAUGGAAUUUUUUGGCAAAAACUUUAAGUGUCGAUUGGCAUUUCGGCCCCCUGUUUGCGAUGAGAUGUUUACUUACGAACUAAUACAAAUGGCCAGUUAAAUUAUGUUGAAACAUAAGUCACACUUGCCUAACUACUAUGAUACAUGUAGAAAUUUCCCUGACUAGAUGACUCCAAAUCAUUCGGUUAAAAAAUGUAUGUCUCUUGUUAUGACCUCCGUUUCCACGCGUCAUAUGUACCUAGCGUCUGACGUUAAAAAGAAAUUUAUUGUGUUAGGAUGGUACUGAUGAAAUCUUCUGAAAUUAUGUCGGCUUAUAGUCAGCUCAAUCGUUUCACUGACGAGCCUUGCAUUUUUAUAUAACAUAUAUUUUAAGUACACCUGUUACACGUAAUCAGUAAUAUCUUGAGCACCUGAGUAUACCAUUUCAUUGCAAAGCAAAUUUCAAGUUAUUUGCCUGUAAUGUGUAGAAUUUUAUCGCACGUGUAACAAGUUAACGGUAGCUAAACGAUUUGUUCCAAUUUUAAUUACUGUAUGUGACGUUCCAUAGAUAAAGGUACCUUAUGGCGGUUGGCGCUUACGUCGCGUAGCACCGCAUUAGUAUCAAUUCAAUUCAAUUCAAAAAAAAUAUUUUAGACUAGUGCCCAUAAAUAAUCACAGAAAAAAAAUACAAUACAAUAAAAUUACACACUAUGUCAAAGCAAGAAAAUUAUAAAGAAUAAAGAAAUACAUAACAUAAUAGAUUAAAAUUACAAUACAUAACAUUAAAAUUACAAUUAUUAUUUCUGUCUAAACAAUUACACACUUUACAUAAUAUUGUACACUGUGCCUCUAGAACCCAUAUGUACGUCAUUCCAGUGCCUCCAAAAUGUACCUGACGGAUUUCCAGGGAGUAGCUGAAGCAGGCUGUUGGAACUGUUACAUACCCGGCGCAUGAGGGAGGCGGUACGUUUGCGGAUUAUCGCACUGAACGCGUCCACUCUAGCCUCCGCAAACAUCCCCGAGGCGCUACAGUAACGUGGCAGUCCCAUCAGCAUGCGGAAACCGUUAUUGUAUAUGAACACGCAGGGCACUGAGGGUCCUUUUUGUGUAAUUCGUCCAUAGGCUGCACGCGUAAAAGGACUGACAAAAGGGUCUUUUUGUAUCGGAGCGUCGUUUAAAAAAUGUUUAUUUUACUUUCACUGUAAUCAUCUUGAAGUCCUCCAAAAGUGAAUCUUAAGGUGGAUUGAAACCUCCUUUUAAGCUUUAAUAUAGCCUGUGCCACGGCUCUUCCUUAUCAGGAGAACGUUAACAAAAUUUUGCUACAUUUAUUCAUAAUAGCGUAAGCGCCAUAAGGUACCUUUACCAUGAAACGUCACAUAUUGCGAUUGCAGAACUAAUUCAGGUUAUUCGGUGACUAACUUAAAUUGGGGACUAUAUUGGAAAUUAAUCGGGGCAAUUGCAAAUUUGCAACCACCGCACAAAUGAACUGGAAAUCAUUUAAAGGCAAGGGUUUAAACAUAUUUCAAGGGUCUAGUGGCUGCUCUCUCCCUAAAGUAGUUACUUGUUACUUUUAUGCUAUGGUACCUUGAUUGACCCGACUGACUUUAUUAUGUACUUCAUAUAUUGUACUAAAUACCUUCACACCCCACCUGUUUUAUGUCAUCAUGUUGUCGACGCGACACAUUACUACAUGCUAUAAGCCGAUAUAUUUUCUAGAAGCAUUUUUUGAAACGUGUAAAAUAUCGAUUCCUACCAACCUUGGUAAAACCUCUCAAUAAUGCAAAAUGACACUUAUUUCCACCGUGUCAAGGUGUAUUUGAAAGGGCGCGUCGUAUUUUACGUGCAUUUUAUGUUACGCUUUGAUAAUCGAUAACGCGUUGUUAAGUUCUAAUUCUUCCAUUAGUGUUAAACGCUGUACAGUUAUCGCUUUUGUUAUGUUCAGAUAUUUUUAUUGCUGUGCGCUAUCGCAGGAAUAAUUAACAAUAUUGGUGUAUGGAAGUAACAUUCGUUUUCUAAUCGUGUGUUCUUUGCGCCGAGUUAACACUUGUAUGGCGAAUGGGUUAAAAUUAUAUUUUGUCAAAUAUAGGUAACUAGUAGGGAAUAGGGGUGGGUAUUAUGAUAAUUUUGGCCUAAUACUUUUUAUGUGGAUGAAACUGUCGCAUGUUUAUAGGUACCAUAUAGGUACAAACGUACAAAUCGUAUUAGAGCUACACUUUCCUCAACUUCAUACAGAUAUUAUAAUUACUCGUAUUAUAAGUAAACGAAACCAUACGAGCAUACGAAACCAUGGCGGACUAUUAAAGUUCAAAUUUCAACAAAUAUUUUUAUUACAUUCGGUAAGGGCUUGUGCAGAAAUCACGCGAGGUUUGGAAUGCGGAAUGGGGGAUCACGAAAAAACUACGACAGAUCACGUUGGGGGAGGGGGGUUAUAAGAUCAUGGUCAAAAAGUAGCCUCGCAUGAUUUGUGCACAAGACCUAAGGGAUGAACGAAGUGUUACUUCCAACGCCAGUUUGUUUUGUCAGUUAUCUAGGAGUAGUGAGCAAGUGCCAAACGCCGGCAGUUGUGGCGCCGCCCGCCCGCUGAAUUAACGGUUCAAAGAAAACUGUGCCUUACGCCGACGCGUUUAAACAGUUUGAACAUAAUUGUUAUAUCUAACGUAAACGCCUGCUGUAAGGCACUUCGUUGAAUUGUUAAUGUUCAUCAUGGUUAAGUUUAAGGUUGAUAUUAGCUUGGCAAGUUUUUUGUUACUUUGGCUUAUAAUAAUCGAUUAAGAAAUAUGAAAUGUUCUUUUGUUUUUGCUAGCGUUCCCUAUACAAUCUUAUCAGUAUUAAAAAUCAUGUGCCUAAUGAUAUAAUAUUGUAUUUGUAACUAAAAAGCCAAUGCCAUCAGACAUGUACUUUCAAUGUUAAUUACCAGAAAGAACAAAUAGUAGCAAGGUCAUUGCUAGGUAAUGAUGUAAAUACGUAUUGUUGUCACAGCUGGGCGGGCCUUAUGUUAUGUUAAUCGCUUCGCUUGCGGUGGACGGGCCGCGUAACUUAGGUAGACCUAAUGGAUGUAAAACGUAGAGUAAGGAACGAUUUUAUUGAAUCUGUAAUAUUUUAACAAAAUAUAUUUAAUGUUUUUUUA